UCCAGGAUGAAUAAGAGAUUUAUGCAAAAAGCAAACAAAGGGACAAUACUACUCAUGGUCUGCAUGAUUGCCCUUUGGGAGAAUCCUCAGCCAGCAGAAGGCCGGAAAGCACCCCAUGUCAUAACAGGGACCUGUGAAGUGGUGGCACUUCACCGCUGCUGCAAUAAAAACAGAAUAGAAGAAAGAUCCCAGACCGUGAAGUGCUCCUGUUUCCCUGGACAAGUGGCUGGUACCACCCGGGCGACCCCCUCCUGCGUCGAUGCCUCCAUCGUGCAGCAGAAGUGGUGGUGUGCGAUGAAUCCCUGUCUGGACGGAGAGGAAUGCAAAGUUCUCCCAGAUCAGAAAGGGUGGAGCUGUGCGACGGGGAGCAAGAUCAAGACCACAAAGAUUUCUGCUGACAGCGAUCAACUUUGGUAA